UUUCACGUGUAAAAAACUAUGCAGUAUGUUUUACUACAUGUCUUAUAUUUUAAUAAGAAAAAUAGAAUUUUUUGCUUGUUUAGUAAAUACAGAAGUUAAUUUCGGAAAACACUGCCUAUUUUAAGGUUAACGUUAGACAUUAGUUGCUUCUGACUGUGCUGCGAUUCUGUUCUCUUAGGGUCUUCUUCCAAGCGGCACAGAGGGUCCCGGUGCCAGCAGACUGCGGGGUGCCAAUGUUAUUCUGUACGGGUGGGGACACCCUCCAGCUCGGUGACAGUACGUUUUUGGGAGCCGGGAGAUGCAGAAAGCGUCCUAUUAUGACAAUCCCACGCUGUUUGGAGGGUACCCGUACCAGGCGGGCUCUUUGGGUUAUGAGGGCCCCCAGCAAUCUUUUGCAAGCUCCUCUCACAUCGAUAAUGACUUCCAACGAUCGUCCUGCUCCCUGCAGUCACUAGGACAUGGUGGCCCGGUGGCCAAACCUAAAAACCUAAAUGGGAGUUGUAUGCGUCCAAGUUUGUCAACUGAGCACCACCAGCCCACCUCCCUAUCCCCACCGGAAAACCCCACGGCUGCCGGUAACAACAACGGUAGUGUCCUGCCUGGGGCCAGCAAGUCCUCCCCCACAAAACCCCAGUCGAACUCCAGUCCAGCCACCAAACAGAUCUUCCCUUGGAUGAAAGAAUCUAGACAAAACGCCAAGCAAAAAAACAGCCCCCCAGUUCCAGCGGCGGAGAGUUGCAGUGGUGACAGGAGCCCCCCGGGUUCUUCAGCCUCCAAGAGAGCCCGCACUGCCUACACCAGUGCUCAGCUAGUGGAGCUGGAGAAGGAAUUUCACUUUAACCGCUAUCUGUGCCGGCCAAGAAGGGUGGAAAUGGCCAAUUUACUUAACCUGAGUGAAAGGCAAAUCAAGAUUUGGUUUCAGAACCGCAGAAUGAAGUACAAAAAAGAUCAAAAGGUAAAGGGCAUGUCGUCAUCUUCUGGAGGACCCUCACCAACCAGCACUCCACCCCUGAGCAUACAAUCUUCUGCAGGGUUUAUGGGAUCUAUGCAUUCAAUGACUGCUAACUAUGAGGCACAUUCCCCACCUCCCUUUAACAAGUCACACCAGAAUGCCUACUACCAGACCCCUGCAAAAGGUUGCCCUUCUCAACAGAAAUAUGGAAACACAGCUGCUGAGUAUGAUCAUCAUGGCUUACAAGGGAAUGGGGGCAACUAUAUGUCUCCCAAUAUGCAAGGGAGUCCAGUGUAUGUAGGGGGCAAUUAUGUGGAUUCUGUGCCAACACAAGCCCCCCCUCUCUAUGGUCUUAAUCACCUUGCACACCAGCCAACCAAUAUGGACUACAAUGGAGCACCUUCCAUGCCAAGCAGCCAGCAUCAUGCACCUUGUGACCCGCUCCCUACCUACACAGAGCUCUCCACGCAUCAUCAGGGAAGGAUCCAGGAAGCCCCCAAACUGACCCAUUUGUGAUUUAGUGAUAAAGUCCCCCAUUCAGACUGCAGAGGGCGCUGAGCUCAGGCACCGCCAAGAGCAAAAAGAAGCAUUUGUGUUGAUGGGAUAUUUUAUUUAUUACAUUUUUAUUUAGUUUCAUGAACAAGAUUAUUACAAUAUUUAUGUUGCACAGUAAUUUGAAUGCAUCAUUCAAUCCAUGUAAGUGCUUCUGAAGCCUGAGUGUUUUUAGGUUGGAGAACACCACUUUAUUAUUCCAAACAGCCUAACAAUAUAUGUGCAAAAUAUUGACUUUUAUUAUCUUCAAAUGUACUAUUCAGACGUCCCAAAUGGGAAAGGUACUAUGAUAAAUUAUUAACCCAAAUCCAAAAAAGUUAACUAUAGAUUUGGAGAUUAAUUCCCUAAAUCUCAGUUUCAAUAUUUUCCUUGUAGGUAAAUAUAGAAUAUUAUGCACAAACACGGGUGAUAAGUAUUGUUUAUUGAAUUUGAAAUAUUCUGUAAAUUACGAUCAAAUUACAAUUGUUGCAUUCGUAGUGGUAGGAAUCUAGGCCUUAAGAUCAAAGGUAGUUUCACUAUCUAGAUAAUUGCUUGGUGUGUCACCUCUGUGUGAAAGAAGUGUGAAUUUCCAAAAGUACAAUUCUUCCAGUCCCCUAAAGAAAGGACUAGAAUAAUCAUUAUCAUGUCUUAACGUGAAUACAGGGUAUAUUAUAAAGGAGAUGUCUGCCCACCAAUCUAAGCACAGUGAAUUAAAUCAGUGUUUGCUAAGCUAUCUCUGUGUGGACAUCUCGAUUGCACUUAGUUUACAUGAACUACGUGAGAACAGCUUGGAGACACAGCUUGCUCAAACCUGGAGACUAUCAGGCUUGCGUGAUCUUGGGAACAGACCUCUAGAAUUGCUGCUUAUAAAGCCGAUUGAAAUAUUUUUUCCUUUUCUAACUUUUUGUUUUGUAUUAUUUAUCCAGCAUAUUAACGUAUUUAUAAGAAUUAAGAAGGAAAGUGUACCCCAUUUGAGUAUUUACAUGUUCUAAAAGUUGUGUUUUCCCAUGUCAUUGUAAAGAAAUCCUAUUUAAUUCUAGUAAUUUAGAGAUAUGUUAGUUUCUGUUUACUUGUACUUCUGGAUAACGUUAUUAGUGAGACAGGAGGCAUGAGACGAGCAAUCCAAAUGUUACUGUCUUGCCUCUGAUAGACAGGCUGCACAGUAUCUUCGGGACCCCCCACCCCCACCAUCUCUUUGUUCUUUGUAGGUCAUAUUUCUUUGCAAAAAAAAAUGUCUGUUGAAAUCUGGAAUAAACUUUCUGUUAUAAAAUGUGA